GGCAGCUGCCGGGCCGGGCCGUGCCGGGCACCGGCCGCCAACGGGGCCGGCGGCCGGAGCCGAGCCCCCGGCGGGGCGGGGCGGGCCGGGAGCCGCCCCCGCGCCGCGGAGCCGCCGUGCCAGCAUGGACCGGAGCCGGAUGAACGAAGACUUCCCCAGCCUCAGGAGCCCCAGCUGAGCUCUUACAGAGGUUUCUGAUCCCAUCGAGCCAAGAGCUUUGUCUGGGGAGAGGACGUGAGUCAACAAAUGGUCUCUGUGAGUUGCCACGAGCUGCUGCCCUCCUUGACCAGCUCUUCCCUGCUCGAGAGCUCUGCCAGUGCCUUGCAACGCAGCAUGCCGCCAUCCCUUCCGCGGGGGCACAGCAGCGAGAGGGUGUCCAGCCACCCAGAAGGCUCUGGCCAUCUCCUCGCAGGCGGCACCAACCACCCUGAAGGCACCUCGUUCCCCCUGCCUGGUGCAAAGGGGGAAGACACAAAACCCCAAUUCGCUGUCUGCGAGGCUCACCUCAGGCUGCCCGACUUCUGCAGCAGCCUCUCCCAGGACUUCAUUCCCACCCUGGAGGAGAUUGAGGAGUUCCUAAGGGAGAAGGCCGAGUUCCUCAAAGACGAAGCAAGCGAGCUUCACCCAGCUGGAGAGAAAGUCGAGAUCAAAUCUGAGACCAGCUUAGGUAGCGCUGGGGGACAGCCUGUCUCCAGUGUGGUUCAAGAAGAUGUCUCACACGCUGCGCAGCCUGGAGGGACAACUGGUGGUAGUGACCAGGCAGUAGCUGCUGGGAGCAUUCCUGUUGUCCUCCAAAUCCAGCCUCUCCAGAUGGACAGUGGCAGCCCGCUAGCACAGAGUGCUACGGGUGGCGUCAGGGUGGCCCAGCUGGUUAUCAGCGUGCAGGGCCAAAACCUGUCCCUUCUCCCUCAGGUCCAGCCUCCUGUCACCGUCAUGGACCAAAAAUAUGUCAAAAUUGCCCCCCUGCCGGUCGCCACGAGGCCAGGGGACGUGCAAGAGGUGGAGGCAACCCCCAAGUAUCAGAAAGCCCCCCCUUCCCUGGUCCGCAUCCAUAAGUGCUCGCACCCGGGCUGCGGCAAGAUGUACACCAAGAGUUCCCACCUCAAGGCUCACUUUCGUCGGCACACCGGCGAGAAGCCCUACACUUGUGCUUGGCCCAACUGUGGCUGGCGGUUCUCCCGGUCGGAUGAGCUCUCCCGUCACAAGCGCUCCCACUCCGGUGUCAAGCCGUACCAGUGUGCCGCCUGCGAGAAGAAGUUUGCCCGCAGUGACCAUUUAGCCAAACACGUGAAGAUCCACCGGGGCCAGCCGUACAGCCAGCGGACGCUGCAGGGCGGCAGCAGGAGUUAGGUUCUUGCUGCUCAUCCUGGCGAGGCUGCGUCCAGGAAGCCCCGAAGCCAGGCGAACAGUGCAAAAACCUCUACACUAACGAAGAGGGGGAAAGGACUCUCUUUAACAAAUUGUAGGAGAUCCACUACCUCUGUUCAGGGAUGACAUAUAUUCAUGGCCCGUUUCUGGUACUAUUGUCCCUCUCUUUAAAUACAUGUGAUGGAAACUCAAGUUAAUUCAGGGUGAGUGUGUGUGUAGGGACGUGGGGCUGGGGCAGAGGACAGCUUUACAGGAUCCCUUUGCGCAGCUUGUGGGUGUCACCUGCCUGCUGCGGUGUGACAGGCAAGAACUGGCCCACAGCUCUCCAUCCCCGCCGUGGGGCACCCCCUGGGCUGCUGCGGCUGUGAGUCACGUCAGCAUCCCGGGGCUCUGGGUGUCAGCAGCAUUUCGGAGGCAGCUGGAGAGGAUUUGUGCUGGCUGGACCCGCUCGGAAACCCGGGGGCAUCCAGGCAGAGCCAUGUUUGUGUGCUGUGCAGCGGCUGCGGGGGCUCGACGGGACAUUGGGGACGGCUUUUCUGGUGUGGCUGAGACGGUGGUUGUGUUGUCCCAGCCUCUGCUUUUCUGCGUUGGUGGCUUUUCACCUGACUGACACGGGGCACGUCGGCGUCCUUGGGGAGCGUGACGUUACAGCUACGGUUUGAGGGGGGUGGGAGAUGCGUCUGUUCAGCUUGCUCAAUGGUGCGUGUCGAAAGGGCAUCAGGAGAAAUGUAAGCAGCACCAGCAAAGUCCUUUUUUACAUGCUGGCAUGAAAGAGCUUUGGUAUGGAGCGACACGGGUGCGUACGGACCCGGAGAAGAGCUGUACGCUCCGGUCAGAGGGAGCAGUGCAGCUCACAGGUUGCUGACGUCCUUUUUGUAUUUGACUUCUGGUUAAUUAAAGGCCAACUCCUUGCGACUGUGCCAACUUCCCGAGCUUUUGCAAACAUCUGGGAGGGAAUUAGGUGCUUGCACAAACAAAGAAUAAGCGUCAGGAGUUUGAGCUAGGCAGUGUGCCCUUUCUAUGUGGCUUUGCCAGCACGUCUCAAGCUGAUAUUUAGCGCCUGGAGGCUCUUCUCAACUCGGGUGUGCUCGUGCCAUUUCUGUUACCCCAACGCUCUUCCACUUGUCUCAAGCUGCCCUUGAGCUGGCUUUAGUGAGGAAUGUUGGGUUGUACCCAAAAUAAGGAGAGGGAAAUGAGCUAAAUUCUUUUCCCUGCCCUGUGGAGGGCACGUUCAUACAGCAGAGAGGUUGUUCUCCGGUCCCCCCAGCCCUUUUUGAGUGAUGACUCUGGGGGAGGGAAAAGCCAGCCUGGUGGGGAUGGAUAUGGUGUCCUGCUCUAAGGGCUGGUACAAGCAUCUCUGGACGAGACACCAAACUUCUGUGCUAGAAACACAAGGCAUAGACCAAUCCAUGCCAGUGACAGCAUUGUGUGGCUGGAGGUGUUUGCUGGUGGUUGGUGGCUGCUCCUUCCUCAGCGCAGUGACUGGAGCUCUUCCAGCUUUGGUGAGAAGCUACUGCAGUGUGACUUCAGGGAAAGGAGGAGUGAGCGAGCUGAAAAUCCUUGAUUUCGUCCUAGUCUAGAAUAUUUGGGCGUGCCUAUGCUGCCCCGAAGGAGAUGCUGUUGCUGUGGAGGUUGGAGAUGGAUGGGGUAGGGCGCUUUCCACCACUGAGGUUCUCUGGUGCCCUGAGGGUCCCCACGAUGAACUUGUUUCUCCUGCUGGUUGUUGUUCCAGUGCUGCAGGGCCACGGUCCAGCCCAGGACCUGGUGCUGUGGGUCGCUAUACAAGCACCAAAGAGAAGGGUCCGCUUCCCCCAUGCCUUUGGCCCCUAUAAAUGGCAAAAGUUUCUUUAAAGUGGAAACUUCAGUGUGCUGAAACGGUGUUUCUGCAGAGGAGAAACGUUACUAAAGCUGGCUUGGGCUUUGGAUUCUUUAUGGCAAAAACAAGCAGCUGGAGGAAGGCUCGCUGGCCAGCUUCCAGCCCCGGCGUGGCGGGGAACCAGCGCAGGGCUCUCCCAGCUGCAGGGCGGCAGUGGAGCCGCCACUAAUGGAGCUGCUCUGAGGUUUCCAAAGCGCUGGCGUGCCCGGGUUGCGUGUUUCUCGGAGAACACCUGCACUGCUUGCUUUCCUAAUCCCCAGGUGGGAGAGUGGGGUUUAUGACAGAAGAAGCUGGAGCCACGCUGCUUGAGUUCGGAUCCAAGCUUUCCCCAAAGGUCUGUGAGGGCUGGUUUCUGGAUCCCGGCUUAAACUCCAUCCUUAGCUCGUAAGCGGGUAGGUGUGGAGAGGCUGGAUGGAAAGUAGCUGCCUGCAGCGGGGUUUCUUUCCUGUGCGUGCAAGUGGAAGUGUGUGAGACCUGCAACCCCCGUGUUGCCUCUUUGGAGAGAGCUCUCCCCUCGGGGGAAGGCAGGCGGCUUUUGCAGGGAUUAGCUGGAGAUCUGGGCCUGCCCCGGGGAGCCGGGGGUGCUCCCACCUCUGCCCUGGCCUGACCAAGCGUGACCAGAUGCCAGCAAGAACCGCAGCCCGAGUUCAUGUGAUGCUGAACCUUUAACGAUGAGCCGGAGGAGGCAGGUAUGCCAGAGCCUAUUCUGGGUUGCCUUUUGUUUUAGUGGAUUUUUGCCUGACUAUGAAUUUACUUCAUACCCUCUUUGCUUGAGGGCACUCUUUGGAGGCCAUACGCCAACAUGACUCACGCCCGUCUUGUGCUUUUAUCUGUCCUCCUUUGCUCUUCUCCCUCACUCCAGACUCUUUCACAGCACUCCUUCAUUUUGGACCUGCCCCAUCCUGCCUCCCUCCGCUCUCAGCCGAAGGCGACUGGGGAGAUUGCGUGUUUCCAAACUGUGGAGCAAGAAGAAGUCUCAUCGUUGGUCCGAGGCCCUUCUCUGUUUGCCAGCAGCUCAUCUGCUGAGCAGCUCCCGCAGAGUCCG